ACGUCCAGGUGGGGCGGUUGCUAUAGCAGCCACUUACAACACAGACCCCGCGAAGAUGGAGUACAGCGCGGCCGUCCGUUUUCACGAUUCUUUAACGCAAUAUAAAGUCUACGAAGAUUAUCUGGACUCCAAAGUCACACCGAUGGAUUUAUUUUACUUAAAAAGCAGGGAGUUGGCUCGUAAGCUGGUGGAGCACGGCCACAAGGGCACGGUCCUGAGCAGGGAGGAAUUCGAGGAGAAGAAAGCAGCUGCACAGGCUGCAGAGGCUGCGAGGAGCAACGCUCUGUACAACAGGAGCCGGCCAAUGACACUGGCAAGUGCAGGAAAAGAACUCAAAGAUAACUUCCUGAAAGCCCUGGCAGAGCGAGAGGAGGCCAACCGCAGUGGGAAAAUGACUUCGGUCAUUUUCAUAAGGGAUCAUAAUACUCUUGGACAGGAAGUAUCCGGCUAUAUAGACUACGCCCACAGACUCAAGACCCAAGAUUUUGAACCAUAUUUCAGCGGAAAGAAGAGGCUCAUGCCAGGACGUUCGGAUUUAUGCUUCUACAACUGGAAGACGCAGGUGUCCACGUCCAACUCCAGCCCCAACUUUGAAGUGAUUUACGACGACCCAAACGGCCUUCUCUUCAAGAACAAGAGGGACAAAAAGAUCCUGAAUGUGGACCCCAUGUCUGGACCCGGUGAGGACUCCAACAGGACAUUCCUGCAGUCGGACCUCUACGUCCAUGUCGUCAUCUACGACCACAACAUCAGGACAGUCUGAGCUUCAGACGCCGCCGCUGCCGCUGCUACCUCCGCUGCUGCUGCUGACACGUUCAUACAUAUGGCACAUAUUGGAGAGCACUGGAAGCCUCUAAUUUGACUGAGUUGCUGUAGUUGCACCAUCAUUUACAAACUGUUCCCCUCAUAUCAUGCAUGCCAUCUGGGUGGAGGUGCUGCAGUAAAAAACAAAAACACUUUAAACUGAAGAUUCCCAGAGGAAGAAGUGGGUGGACUAUAGUGUGACAACUUGGAUGUUUCCUCACAAAUAACCUCAGAUUUGUGACAUUAUAGUUCUAUUACUACUACAAACAAUCUUAUUCUACACUUGGCACCAAUUUCUUUUUUUUUAAUUCCAUGCUGCAGAGUGAAGAGCGAGGCCCAGUUUGGCGCAGUUUGUUUGACAUUCCCUGAGCAGCAGUCUUAGUUAGGGGCAGGAACCUGCUCGGGGACCCCGGGCUCGUUCCAUGGUUUGGCCUGGCAUGUUUUGGGCUGUUUGUCUAAACAAAUUAAAGGCGUAAGAGCUUUGAAAGAUGAUGGGGGUUGCUUUUAUGUCCUCCCCCAGGCUGCGGUAGCUCCAGUUGGACUGGAAGAAUGGGUAAUGGGCUUAAAGCAUUCCGCAUGUUCCCAGAUGCAGGGCACACUUUACAGGACAUCAAAGUGCUCUAUCAUUUACAUAUUAGUCAUUCACUCUGACAUUUUUUAAUGGAAGACAACUCUGCAGCUCUGCUUCUUUAGAAGUGAUUUAGGAAGUACAGAGGACAUUUAGCAGCUGAUUCCCUUUUAAUUAGUGGAUUGAAAUUUUUAGUUUUUGUUAUUGAAGCACAUGGUAGGAAUCUGUUCCAGUAACAUUAUCUGUGUUUAUAAGCAAGCAAAUUACAGGACCUUAGUUAUUUGUUAAUAAAUCAAUUUUCUGUAGACUUUUGAGUCAGUAAUGUACUUGUCCCACUUUUUACAAUGGCUCCCCACAACGCUGUAAAAUGAAGAUGCUCAACAGAGUCCAGUGUCAAUGUUGCAAAAAAUCAGUUUUCUUAUGAUGAUGAACGGAAAACAAAUUCACCUUUCAAUGGAAAAACAAAAGUCUUUAAAAGAAUAGUUUGAAAUUUUUGGGGGGGAAAUAUGUUUAUUUGCUUUCUGAGAGUUAGAAACCUGUACCGGGGGCGCAUUAACAUUAAUGUAGACCCCAGGGCUAUGGAGGUUUGGGACCCGCACUUUUACUGGAAUCCAGUAUAAGUAUGGCGGAGCAUUUCGUACAAUGAUGACAAACCUGUCCCGGUCGGGCCUCCAACCAACCAGAGGCCUCAUGAUACAAAAUAAUUAGGCUCAUGUACCAUGAGGCCUCUGGUUGGUUGGAGGCCCGGUUAGCCUGUGCAUUAAGGCGCCACUGGUUUACAGUGGAUAUGAAAAUUAACUUAGCUUAGCAUAAAGGCAGGAAACGAGAGGAAACAGCUAGUCUCUGCAAAAGGUAAAUCCAACUACCAGCAACUCUGAAGCUCAUUAAUUAACAUUUUAUAUCUCGCUUGUUUAAUGCACUCACACAGCAAACUUUGUGGCAGUUUGUUUCUUCUUUUUUUUUUUUUACCUUUAAACAGCGCUAGGCUAGCUAAGCUAACUGUCUCUUACCUGCAGCUAAACACACUGAACUAUUCCUUUAAACUGACACAGUGGCAGCCAUAUUUAAUAUUCCCUUGUACUCAUGUCCCCUGCUUCCUUUCUGCUGUAUUUCUGAAAGUUACACGUUUUAAAAAUAUUAGUUCUUUCCUUGAAAAACCUCUGACGUCUCUGAUACCGGAGCAGCCUUCCACUGGCUGCAUCUGUUUGUCUGUUUGGACUGAAUCGGACCCCGGUGGCCUCAUUGAAACAAUAUGUGUAGUGUGACACAAGGAUAUGGGUUCUGGUUCUCUAAAAGCAGGGGUUUGAAAGAUGGGGGUCUGGUUUUGGGUUUUCUUAGUUAGUGGUUUCUGUUUUUUUGGUUUUUGGUUUUAAUUUUGUUUUUUUUUGUUGUUUUUUUUAAAGAUGUGAAUUGUGGGGUUGAAGUUCAUUGAAGUCUUAAGGAGUUAAAAAAAAUUAACUUGAGUGACUGGGUUGUCUUGUUUUUGAUGUCUUCGAAUAUAUUUUUUUAAUUGUCUUCUCAUGUUAAAAAGGACUCUGAAAGAACUGGUUUGUCUUUGCUGUUGUUUCAACAAAACAAACUGGACCGACGAGGAUUAGAAACACAUUCAGAUCUGACAGAAGGAUUGUGUUGGGAAUGUCAUCUCUUCCUCGACCUCUUUGUAAAAAGCCCAGAUUUAACCUCAAGGCGAAGUCUGUCGCAACCAAUGAACCGUCCACCUGACUGUCUCACUCUCUGCUUUGUGUUCUGUUGGAAGUUAAGAGUUGAAACCGACCGGGUGGCAAAUGGACAUUUCGCCCUGGUCCACAGCUGUUUAACGGUUUACAGGCCGCAGCUCAUUCAUGUGGCCUGGUGAUAGUGACGGAACGGCAUGCUCCACUGCUCCCCUGAAAAGUGGCAUCGGCCGCUCCAAACACCCACCAAUCAAAACAGCAGAUGUGCACAUGAAAUGUAAAAAUACUGGUGGACUGACAGACAAGCAUGUGCAUCACUCAGGCCACUUUUUAUGUGCCUUACCUCUGUGGAAGACCAAAGCUAAAAAAAAAAAAAAAAAGAAGAAAACAAGUUACUGGAACUGCACCCAGACAGAUCAUGUGUCUGUAAACUAAUGAUUUCACAAUAAAGUGUAAUUUAAAUGCUUA